UUUCACUGACACAUUUCCGGAGGCCAUUUUGUAAUCUCUUCUCGUUUGUAAUUUAGGUGUGAACGCAACGCAAAAUUGCAAACAAAUACUUAUCCACCGAUUAUUAAAAAUACGUAUGUGAAUUAGUUAGUGAACUUGUGUGUAAAAUGAUAAUAUAAUUUCGUGUUUGGAUUGGCAGUCUUAGAUAUUACUAGGUACAGGAAAGAGCAGCCAUGAGUGUCAUCAUAAGACUACAGAACCUUCCAUGGUCUGCAAAUGCGCUGGACAUUAGGAAUUACUUUCGGGGCCUCUCAAUUCCGGAAGGUGGAGUGCACAUCGUAGGAGGCGAGCUUGGAGACGCGUUCAUUGCCUUCAGUACGGACGAGGAUGCCCGCCAAGCGAUGAUGCUCGACUGCGGGAAAAUAAAGGAGAUUCAGGUGAAACUGCUCCUGAGCUCCCGUUCCGAGAUGCACAAGGUGAUCGAGCAGGCGCGGCAGACCGUACCCAUCCUCACGCUCACGGCGCCCGCGCCCGCCCCCGCGCCCGCGCCCGUGCUGCCCGCGCCCGUCACCGUGACGCCCGCCAUCACGCCCUUCUCGGCCGCGCUCGGCAACUCCAUGUCGGGCUUUGGCAUCCCUGGCAUAGGCAACCCUAGCGAAAUCCCGCAACCCGCCGUCAUAGAACCCCCCGCGCCGCUCGUCAGCCCCACGGAAAUCUUAGACGAAGACGACAGAACAGAACGGAAACGCAGCAAGGAAAAGGAUAGACGGCGUUCGCGAACACGAUCCAGGUCGCGCGACAGAGAUCGCAAGGAUCGCAAACGGGAUAGGCGAGACCGAUCGCGCUCGCGCGAGAGACGCCGCAGAGAUCGCAGCCGCAGUCGCGAUAGACGAGAUCGCAAACGGGACAGGAAAGACCGCAGCCGAUCCCGAGAGCGAUCCGAUAGGUCCUCGCCCCGCCGCUCCCACGACCGCCGCAACAACCGCAAGUCUCCCGAUAAGACGAUCAAUCUCGUCGACGACACCCCCGCGCCCCCGCCGGCGCCCAUGUUCGCAAGCGUGAACCAGGUCAAUCCGAACAUGCAGCAGAUCAUGAACAACGCCAUCGCUUCCAUGCAGGGAUCGCCUAACGGGAUGGAUUCGCCGGUAAACAGAUUCAGUGACCCCGCCAUCAAUGACGCUUACAACAAGCUGAGCGAAUUGGGUAAAAAGCGUAACCCUAACGCUUUCCAGGGUGAGCAGAAUGGUGGAAACAGAUUUGCCGGCGGAAGAGGCGGCGGACCUCGAGGUGGCGGUGGUUUUAGGCGAGACGGUCGCUCCCGCUUUGAAAAUGAUCAGCAACACACGACUCCAGACUGUUGCGUGGCCGUCAGAAACGCGCCCAACCACACCAGCUACGGAGACGUCCGUCGCUUCUUCCCAUUCCUCAUCGACAAGCACGGCAUCAAGAUGAUCAACGACAACACCGGCCGUCGCACCGGCAACAUCUUCGUGAGAUUCUGCGAUCCUCGCUCCAAGCAGCUCGCUUUACAACGGAAGAAUAACGAGUUGAAGGGCGAGACGGUCGUAGUAGAAGCGUUAGAUGAUGACACUUAUGAGAGCGCAAUCGACUCGUACAUGCCUUUCCGAGACGAUAACGCUCCCGAAGAGAACCAACCGCGCAUCCCUCCCCCACAACCUGCUCCAAUUUGUAGUGUCCUGCGUCUCUCAGAGCUUCCGAACUUUGUCAAAGAACACGACAUCAUCAAAACCUUCAGCGAUUUCUCUCUACUCUCCAUCAUGCUCAACGACUGCCGCAUGACCAGAACUAAGACCGCCUUCGUCCAAUUCGCCAAGCCCGAAGACGCGAGAAUGGCGUUCGAGAGGCGGAACAAUUACGCAUUCGGAAAGAGACUGCCGAUUAUCACAGCUGUCACUAACGAAGAGUAUGAAAAAGAGAAGGCUAUUCAAAGUGAUAGGAUUGAUUUCUCGGGUCCGAACGAGCCGCAGCAGAUGGAGCCCGUGGAAGACCGAGGACCGAGAGACCCGCGCCAGCGCAGGUUCGAAGGCCCCCAGCCUCAGCAACCCCCUCAAGGCCAACAGCAGGUGCCCUUCUUUUCGGCGCCCUUCGUUCAGCAACAACAACCCUUCGCCGGCAACUUCCCUCCGAACCCACAGUUCGCCGGAUUCCCCGGCAACGGAGCCAUGGACCCGCGCGCCGCCGCCGCCAACUGGGCCAACCGUCCCGGCUUCCCCAACCAGAUGCAACCGCAGAUAACGCAAGGACAGGACAUUGAAGACGAGCUCGACUGCGUGCUGAUGAAGGGGCUGCCCUGUGAUGCCACGGACCGGACCAUAGUAACGUUCUUGUCGGACACGGGCGCGGUGCCGGCGCGAAUCCAUCUCAUGCUGGAUCCGGCCGGCGUCCCUUCGGGCGACUGCUUCUGCGAGUUCCGGACGGCGAGCGAAGCGCGCCGGGCCGCCUCCAAACACGGACAUAAUCUCGACGGCUGCAGAGUCACCGUCGAUCUAGUGCCGCGCGGCGUCGUAGAGGAAGCUCUAGAGGGACCCAAGCAGGCCGAUCAUAGAGACGGGCCGAUGGAUAACGGGCCGCACGGGAACGGUCCCCACGGGAACGGUCCCCACGGCAACGGCCCCCCGCAAUUCUUCGACGGCCCGCGCGGAGCUAAACGCGGCGGUUUCCGCGGCAGAGGAGGCUUCGACCGGGGUGGCUUCGACCGCAGUUUCGACCGAGGCGGUUUCGACCGGGGCGGUUUCAACAAUAACAAUAGAGGAGGCUUCGACCAGGGCAGGGCCUGGAGCGACCGCGGCCGGGGCGGCUUCGACCGCGGCGGCCGCGCCCGCGGCGGCUUCGACGCCCGGGGCGGCGCCCGCGGCCGCGGCAGGGGGCGAGGGGCCUUCGACAACGGCGCCCGGGAGCCGAGGGACAUGCGCGAAGACGAUGAUUCCGCGCUGGAAGACUUCGGCGCGCCAGGCUGCGUGCUCUCUUUAGAGAACGUCCCGUUCCGCGCUUCGGUCGAUGAUAUUCUCAACUUCUUCGGCGAUUUCGAGCUCACUCAAGAUGAUGUUAUUAGACGGUACAACGAGCGCGGCCAGCCGACGGGCGACGCUCGCGUGGCGUUCCGUACGCCGUUUGACGCGCAGCGCGCGCUCAACACGCGUCACAUGGCUAGUAUCCAGGACCGGCGCGUCAGCCUCACGCUGCUCUAGCGCGGCGUCUGCGAUCCGGGCGAGCGGAUAUACACCUUCAUGUAAAUAUAGGAUAAGCCGUGUGCACAGACAGACUGAUUAUUAAAGUGUGAUGCGACAUUGAGUUGAUUCAUACCGAUUAUGUGAAGACUCCUUUAGACGUGGCUUAGUUUAGUAUCUUAUUAGAAUAGUUUUUAACCUACUUCCGAGCUGAUUUCUUUUACAAAUGUAUAUUUUUCAGUCUUUUAAAUUAAGCCAUAUCUAAAGCGGCCUUAUGAUUCUCGUUGUUAGGUUAUAUGAAGCACUAGUGCAAUUUGUGAUUGCGUUGCGUUCUUGUACAGCUAAACAAUUUAGCUGGUAGAUUUACUGUAUGAAAGUAUGGAAGGUACUUUAAAAUAAAAUAAUGACAUUCACAGUAUAAA